AUGGAGGUCGCGGACGAUGCUCUGGCCAAGGUCGUCUUCUUCCUGUCCACGACGGAAAGCCGCAGCAAGCUUUACCGUCUGCUGCAAUAUGGUUCCAAGUUCUCGAAGUGGGCACUGAUCGAACACUGGAAGCUGGAUGCCACGCCAUAUGAGUUGAAGAUACAGGUAACCCCGGACUGGAAAAGGAGGACGAUAACGUCACUAAGCCGAGUGGAGCUGAUUUUCGGUGACGCUCGUCGGUUCUUCCGCUUCCUGCAGUUCUUAGAGAUGGCGGACAUAUUCCGCUAUGUUCGAGAGCCCCUGCGCAGAGUGCGGGUGCUGCGAAGGCUGCGCAUCCUAUGCUUCUUUUUCUUCUACCUAACGGAGAACUACGUCGUGAUCUGCACACGCGUAUUGGGCGCAUCGUCACGAGAGCCACUCAUGCGAAGAUUGAGACGCAUUUGCAACGGUUUCUGGCUGUUGAGCAUUCUGCUAGCGUUCCCGUUAGAUCACAUGAUGCACCGCAGCACAAUGCUCUCGACAGCUAAGAAGCUGCUGGAAUUGCCACUGGCAUUUGUUGGGUUUUCAGGGCUACGCGUAAGCGAUGAAGGCUUCAGUGCUCUUGCUUUAAUAUCUGCACAGAUAGGCGUGUACAGUCGAUGGGUAGACGUGAUGGCUAAGUUCCAACAGCAGCACUUGAAGCGGCUCCCAGCGACUCCCGAUGUGCUGUAG